GUCAAGUUGGAUUCGGUCAAUGAAAGACACCAGUGAGUGAGGUCCUGGUUUAAACUUUCAGUAGCCCAAAGGGGUGAGUUGAGAUCGAUCCGGAGUAUUGAUAAUUGACUCUCACAAGUGCUGCAAAUGGAAGUUUGCAGAAUAGAGAGGAGAGGAAGGUUUGAAACAGAAGAAACCGAGUGACAAAGAUGUCACUGUUUGGACUCUCUCUCCAAGUAGCUCGUAAGGGUUAGACCUGUAGUGAGAGAUUUAAUGGAAGAAAAACCCCAACUGGAAGCAAACCACGACUGAAGACGAGGGAACAGCAACAAGUGAAUCAGCCCGAGGAUUGAGAGCAUCAACUGGAGAGAACCCAUCUGACUCGGAGAUUCCAGUGAUUCAGUCAGGGGAAAGUUUGGGGAGAGGCCGUUCUUCUGCUCAGGCAGAAGGGGUAGAUUCACUCGGUCAUCUCAACUGAAGGUACAUCAGCAAGUUCACACUGGGGCAAGGCCAUUCACCUGUUCUGUGUGUGAGAAGGGAUUCAGCCGGUCUUCCCACCUGUGGACACACCAGUCAGUUCACACUGGGCAGAGGCUGGUCACUUGCUGAAUUUGUGGGGAAGAAUUCAUUCAGUCAUCUGACCUAAUGGCUCACCAGCGUGUUCACACUGGAGACCGGCUGUUCACCUGCUCGGACUGUGGGAAGGGAUUCAUGAAAUCAUAUCAACUGAAGGUACAUCAGCGAGUUCACACCGGAGGGAGACCAUUCACCUGCCCAGACUGUGGGAAAGGAUUCACUUUACUAUCUCAACUGCAAACACACCAGUCAGUUCACACCGGGGAGAGACCGUUCACCUGCUCAAUCUGUGGGAAGACAUUCACCCAGUCAUCCCACCUACAGAGACACCAGUCAAUUCACACUGGGGAGAGGCCGUUCACCUGCUCAGUCUGUGGGAAGACAUUCACUCAGUCAUCCCACCUACAGAGACACCAGUCAAUUCACACAGGGGAGAAGCCGUUCAUCUGUCCAGACUGUGGGAAGGGAUUCAGUCAGGCAGCUAACCUACUGAUACACCAGCGAGUUCACACUGGGGAGAAGCCAUUCACCUGCCCAGACUGUGGGAAGGAAUUCACUCAGAUAGCUAACCUACUGAAACACAAGCGAGUUCACACUGGAGAGAGGCCUUACACCUGCUCAGACAGUGGGAAGAGAUUCACUCAAUCAUCCAGCCUACUAAUACACCAGCGAUUUCAUACUGGGGACAGGCCGUUCACCUGCUCAGUCUGUGGGAAGGGAUUCCAUCGACCAGCCGACCUUUAUAGACACCACCAAUUUCACACAGGGGAGAAGCCGUUCACCUGCUCAGUCUGUGGGAAAGGAUUCACUUUACUAUCUCAACUACAGACACACCAGUCAGUUCACACAGGAGAGAGACCGUUCACUUGCUCAGUCUGUGGAAAGACAUUCAUCCAGUCAUCCCGCCUACAGAGACACUGGUCAGUUCACACAGGGGAGAGGCCGUUCACCUGCUCAAUCUGUGGGAAGACAUUCACCCGGUCAUCCCAUCUUCAGAGACACCGGGCAAUUCACACAGAUAGAAGCCGUUCACCUGAUCAGACUGUGGGAAGAGAUUCUCAGCCAAAUCAACCAAAUGUGCAUCAUUGAGUUCACAUUGGGGAGAGGCGGUUCACCUUCUGUGAAUGUGGGAAGGGAUUCACUCAGUAAUCUAACCUUGUGACACACUACUGGGUUCAGACUGGGCAGAAAGUUUCAAUAAGCUGCAAGCUGGAUAUUUGUCCAUCACCGUUGCUGAUGCAAUUUCGAGAGUGACUAUCGGUGCUGAACUCUGCAAUUAUUACUGCUGCUCACCACACCCAGUUCUGCACCCUGGUCACUGGGCAUGGGGGGAGUUUCUUCUGCUGCACAUUCACCUUUAAUGGGACUGGAGUUUAAUAAUCCGGAUCUGAGACAAAUAAAUCAGUUUAUUUUAAACUCUGUCUCUGGUACUGAGUGAAUUGAUGUAAGGGGGUUUCGUCUUUUAUGUUACUGCGGAGGCUAAUUAAAAUGGCUUCUUUGUUAUGUUAUAAUCGGAAAUGCUUCUAUGUUAUGUUAUGUUAAAUGCUGAGAAAGUCUAUCUGGACAUUUGCUUGGGUUAAUACAGACAGCAGGGUGCAAGUCUCCUCUCUCCACGCCACCGACGUUGUCCAAGGGAAGGGCAUUAGGACACAUACAGCUUGGCACCGGUGUCGUCGCAGAGCAAUGUGUGGUUCAGUGCCUUGCUCAUGGACACACACACGCUGCCUCAGCCAAGGCUCGAACCAGCGACCUUCAGAUCACGAGACGAACGCCUUAACCACUUGGCCACGCGCCAGCAGACUUACCCUAUACAACCCACAAAAUAUUGAACACCUUGAUCAAAUCUCCCGUCAUUCUCCUACGAUCCAGGGAAUGAAGUGAUAACCUAUUCAAGCUAUCAUAACUCUGUCCUUACGUACCGUUUUUUUAAUGUUAAAUUUAAAAUGGCUUCUUUGUUAUGUUACACUGGAAAUGCUUCUUUGUUAUGUUAAACGCUGAGAAAGUCCUUCCCGCUAGUAGUUUGUUUUGUAUUAUUUAUUGGUAUGAGGACAAAUGAACCAAUUGGGAUAGAUGUUAUCAUUUGGGUGUAUCUGGAAGAUUUGUAUGCGCGGGGUUUUGGGACAGAAGUCAAGAGAGAGAGAGGCAGAGAAUGGACCAGGUGCUGUGAGUCCGCUAACGGGGUCAGACCCCGAGCGGGGCUUUCGGCGAGGAGGGGAGACGGAGACGGACUCAUGCGGAGCGUCUGGUCGACCACCGGUGUUGGUCCCAGGCGGCCAGUCGAGGCGGUCCGAGUGGUCGCUGGGUGAAGAAGAAGGGUCCAGAGGUCCAACUGUUUGUGCACGAAGAGAUUGAACUUUCAUAAGUGUGGCGCCUUUUAUUUUCCUUUUAUAUUUUAUUCUCUAUUAAUUAUAUAGUUCCAGUAAUAUCUAUAAACUGUAAA